AUGAUUCAAGGGACAAAUAGUACUACUCAAUAUUUCCCUAAUAGUACUAAUAAUCCACAAAACUUACCUUUAUAUUCAUCAAUUCAUCAUCAUAAUAUUCAAGAAGAUAUGUUUUCUUCUUCUUCUUUUUUAGUCCAUAAUGCUCAUCAACAAAAUUCUUUUUUAUUCAACUUAUCUCUUCUCAAAGAGAAAGUUCAUCAAGUUCAAUCACUUGCCACCAUGUUUAUUUCUCCUACUAAUCAAACUAUAAUCCAUCAACCUCCUGAGUCAACGUCUAUGGCUAUCGCGAGUAUUGGAACUUUGAUCCAAGAAAUCAUUACGAUUUCUUCUUCUCUCAUGUUUUCUUGCCAAAAGAUUGCACUUGACCCUAGUUCAGUCAGUCAGAAUUCAAAUAGAUUUCGCGAACCAUCUCAAAUGAUCAAGAUUCAAGAUGAUGGUCUAGUUGAUCAUUUGCUUCAAGAUUAUAAUUGGUAUGAAGAGAAUUACAAUUCUUGUAACACUCAUGAAGAUAACAAAAAUCAUGUUACUAAUAAUAGCACUAUUAUAGCUAGUACUAUUAUUAGUCAUGAUGAUGAUCAUAGUAAAGAAUUUGGAAAAAGGGAAUUAUUAUUGAGUACUUCAAAAGGGAAAGUUGUGAAUGAAGAUACUUAUGAUAUUAUUGAGUUGAAUGCAUCUGAUUUAUUGGCAAAGUAUACACACUAUUGUCAAAUUUGUGGAAAAGGGUUUAAAAGGGAUGCUAAUUUGAGAAUGCAUAUGAGGGCUCAUGGAGAUGAAUAUAAGUCUAGUGCUGCAUUGAGUAAUCCUUUGAAGAAAAACAAUGAUUCAACGAACGAUGGAUUAAUGUCUAAUUCCAUUAGUAACAAGAUUAAAUAUUCGUGUCCACAAGAAGGAUGUAGGUGGAACAAGAAACACGCCAAGUUUCAACCAUUGAAAUCAAUGGUGUGUGUUAAGAAUCACUACAAGAGAAGUCAUUGUCCUAAAAUGUAUGUGUGCAAGAGAUGCAACAAGAAGAAUUUUUCUGUGUUGUCUGAUCUUAGAACUCAUGAGAAACAUUGUGGUGAUUUGAAAUGGCAAUGUUCAUGUGGUACUACUUUUUCAAGAAAAGAUAAACUUAUGGGGCAUGUUUCUUUAUUUGUUGGACACACUCCACUUAUAAAACAAAGUGCAAGCUAGCUAGUACUACAACAACAACGACGACAACAUAUUCAGUACUGUAUUCUCACACGUACUGGAAGGAUAAAAUGUACGCAUGCCUUAAUUGCUCCUACCUCAUGGAGGUAAAGAUGAUUGUUUACAACUAUCCCUGGCUCAUAUGAGCUAGCUAGCUAGUAGAUUUUAUAAUUUACUUAGUUGGUUUAUUUGUAAGGUAAUGCACCUAUUUUUUGUUGCAAAAUGUUGAUGUGCUUGUAAUUUGAUAAAUCAAUGUGAAAAUUAGUUAUCCUAGCUUGAAAGAUAUA